UCCUCAGCUGUCUGGCUGGAAUGUCAUAUAUGUACAUAUGUGCAAAUGCAUUAUUAUAUACAUAUGUACAUAUUUAUGUUGAUAUACGCGAAAAUAUUCUGAAGAAUGGAGCUGCUUGUAAAAUUAAGCAAUUUAUUUAUAAUUUUAAUGAACUUAAGCUUGUCGACUACAAGUCUGUUUGAUGACAAAGGGGCUAGUGGUCAGCUAUUACCAAAAGCAGCUACAUUUCACUUUCCUGAAUACGCUUACAAGGAGACAAGCAAAAACGAAAUUAUAUAUCACGAAUUUGAGACAUCCUGCCAGCACAAUACGUUAUGUGAAAAUUUGGAGGCUGUUGUGAAAAAGUCAUGUGUGCGUCGGUGCAUUUCUUAUACUUGUUAUCAAGACAUAUACGGCUUUGAUGAGCUGGAAGAAGGAGAGAUCGAUGUACGUCUUAAUUCCUUCAAAGGAUGUGUAGUCCAGCGUUCUGGUAAAAAUCAACGCCGUUACCCAAAUACACAAUUUCAACGUUUUGAUUUAGGAGAAUUUUUCUUCAACAUGAAGUGGAAAUUAAGAAAUUUUAUUAAAAGUGUGUAUUUUUAAACCGAUCACCUUCGAAUUGUAUUUAUGUACAUAUGUGUAUCUACAUAUGUAUGUACAUAUAUAGAAGUAUUCAAUUAUCAGAAGAAUAAUGUAAAACUCAAAUUUGCACGUUAAAUUAUAAAUUUUAU